AUGGGUAUCCAAAGGAAGCCUCAAAGGAGUUUAAUAGAGCUGAUAGAAAAUCAGCCGAGAAAAAGUGUACCGGGGAAGUCCACCCAACCUCAGAUCCCCCCUCCUCGUCCCAAAUCUCCUCCUCCUGCUCCUCACCCACCUCAGCCCAUUAGACCUGAUCCUGUUGAUCCAAAAAGGAGAAGGGAGCAAAAAGGGAAGGAUGUGGUUGAGACAGGAAGGUCCCGUCCGACCCAGGAAGAGGAAGCUCAACGAGCUGCAAAGCAACAAAAAGUCAUCCACCCAUCUCAACGAGGCUGGGAGAGGUCGGACACUCAACCUCCUGAGCCACAAGCCUAG